UCAGUGUGCGUUUGUAAGCGAGAUUUCUUCGUCAAAUGAGGGGUCGCCAGGUGUUUGUACUUGUUAUAAUCACCGUUUGCACACUCGUCUCUCCUCCUCUGCGUUGUCAACAUGUCAACUCGGUUGAGACUCGGAGUAAGUUGAAUGGCUCUGCAGUUGAUUUCGUCUCGUUCAGAGAACAGUUUCGCCGCCGGUAUGAAGUCAGCAGCGAGGAAUUUAAGCGUCGUCAUCUCUAUUUUCAGGACGCUACGAAGCGACACGAAUUCCUGAACUCAUUUUCCACCGCACCACGGGCUGCCAAGUAUGGCAUCAACCAGUUCUCUGACCUCUCACAGAAGGAAUUCAGAGAUCUCUACCUGCGAGCAAGCGCUGACAGAGCUCCCCUCUUCUCUGGACUGAAGACGGAGGGGCUCCCAGCCAAAUUUGACUGGAGGGACAAAGCGGUGGUGGCACCAGUCCAGAACCAACAAGCAUGUGGGAGUUGUUGGGCAUUUAGUGCGGUUGGUGCCAUGCAGUCCGUCCACGCUAUAGGAGGCUCGCAGCUGGAGCAGCUCAGUGUGCAGCAGGUUCUGGACUGCUCUUUUAAAAAUGGAGGUUGCAACGGCGGCUCCCCAUCCUCUGCUCUGAAUUGGUUAAAACAGACCAGAGUGAAAUUGGUGCCUCAGUCCGAGUAUACCUACAAGGCCAGGACGGGAAUCUGCCAUUUUUUCUCCCAGUCACAUGACGGCGUUGCUGUGAAGAACUUUACUGCAAAUGACUUUGGUGGUCAAGAGGAGGCAAUGAUGGGUCAGCUGGUGGAGCGAGGUCCUUUGGCUGUAGUCGUGGAUGCUGUCAGCUGGCAGGACUACCUGGGAGGAAUUAUCCAGCACCACUGUUCCAGCCAAUGGUCUAAUCACGCUGUUCUGCUUGUUGGAUACGACACUACUGGGGACAUUCCAUACUGGAUUGUGCAGAACUCCUGGGGAACGACAUGGGGGAACGAGGGUUAUGUUUAUAUAAAAAUUGGUGACAACGUUUGUGGUAUUGCAGAUUCUGUGGCAGCAGUUUUCCUUUAAAAACACUGUGUAUAUUUUUGUCUGUCUCACUGUGUGUUUGUGUGUGUGUGUGUGUGUGUGUGUGUGUGUGUG